ACGUGAUGCCGGAAGUUUGCCCUUCGGCACUUUGGGUCCGAGCCUUCGCGGGAGCAGCGGCGCUCAAACUCGCAGGUGUUUAGAAGGAACUUCAAAAUGGAAGGUGACACCGCCGUCCGGAGGCUGAAGUCCUCACUAAAUAACGUGUCUUGUGAAAACAGCGGCGCUCCGAAGCGUGAAGGGAGCGGCUGUGAGGACGGGAAGAAAAAACACGGAGGCUCAUUCGUGCUAAGCGAAGGAGUCGCGUGCGCGCUCGUGCUUCUGUUUAUAUUCGCGCUUUGGGGUUCCAUGCAUUGGUCUGUAAAGCAGCUCGUUACAGGAAAACCCACCGGCGACUUCAACGCCACCACGGCAAGGAAGUACCUGGAGCGCAUCACCAGUGUGGGGCCUCGACCCGCAGGCAGUCCCGAGAAUGACAUCAUGACGGUGAACUUCCUGUUGGAGCAGGUGGAGCGGGUACGAAGCGAGAGCGUCGAGGGGCCGAACACCAUCACGGUGGAGAUGCACAAAUACAGCGGCUCGUUUAGCAUCGACUUCCUCGGCGGAUUCACGAGCUGCUACGAUCAAAUCACUAACGUCGUAGUACGUCUCGAACCCCGAAGCGGAGCUCAGCACUUCGUACUGGCUAACUGCCAUUUCGACAGUGUGCCCAGCAGUCCAGGAGCAAGCGAUGAUGCUGUAAGCUGCGCCGUGAUGCUGGAGGUGUUGCACUCAAUAUCCAAUCUUUCCAUUCCUCUAAAUCACGGGGUUAUCUUUCUGUUUAACGGAGCCGAGGAGAACAUCCUUCAGGCGAGUCAUGGCUUUGUCACUCAGCACGAGUGGGUGAAGCAGAUCAGAGCAUUUGUGAAUUUGGAGGCUGCUGGAGUCGGGGGAAAGGAGCUGGUGUUCCAGACCGGUCCUGAGAACCCGUGGCUGGUUCAAGCGUAUGUUCAUGCUGUUAAACACCCUUUUGCCUCUGUUGUGGGGCAGGAGGUUUUCCAGAGCGGGAUUAUUCCAUCAGACACCGACUUCCGCAUUUUCCGAGACUUUGGCAACAUUCCUGGUAUCGAUCUGGCCUUUAUUGAGAACGGUUAUAUCUACCACACGAAGUACGACACCGCAGAUCGCAUCCUUACAGACUCCAUACAGAGAGCAGGUGACAACAUCCUGGCCCUGCUGAAGCAUCUGGUCACCUCGGAAAUUCUGGCUGACCCAUCAGAAUAUCGCCAUGGUAGCAUGGUGUUUUUUGAUGUCUUGGGUCUAACGAUGGUGGCGUAUCCAGCACGAGUAGGUUCCAUCAUCAACUACAUGGUCGCCAUAGCAACCCUUAUCUACCUUGCCAAGAAAUGUUUGCGGCCUAGCAAUGUGGGUGGCCGGUACGUGUUGGAACUGGUGUACGGCUCGUGCGUGUUCGUGCUCAGCUGGUUCGUGGUACUGCUCACGGUUCUGAUUGUGGCGCUGAUGGUCACAUUGCUGGGACGCUCCAUGUUCUGGUUCACUCACUUUCACACCUCCAUCUUCCUGUACGGAUCUGUCGCGACUGGAAAGAUACUUCUGAUCCACACACUUGCCAAAAACCUCUAUUACAGAAAUAUGCGGAAGUUGGAUUUGGGCGACUUGUUCUUCGACGUCAGUCUGCUAUUGUGGUGUUGUGCCCUGGUUUUCCUCACUCAGCGUGGUCUGUGCUCGGCAUAUGUUCCCAUGCUCAUGGUGUUCUUCUCGCUCACCACCAAGCUGCUGCUCUCCAGACACUUUUUACAGAAAGGUGUGUCAAAGUCCUAUUUAGUCUUCUACCUGUUGGGUUUGUCUUUCCCCUACGUUCACCUGCUGUUCCUCAUCUGGAUCGUGUUUGAGAUUUUCACACCCAUCAUGGGACGCAGCGGCACUGAAAUCCCCCCCGACGUAGUGCUUGCGUCACUCGUUGCCAUGACGACCACCUUACUCUCCUCUUUUUUGAUUCACUUCCUGUACCUGGCACGCAGCACUAAGCAUGUGCUAGCUGCUUUGUGGACGAUUUUCGCCGUGAUGUUCGUCCUGGUUUCCUGCGGACUUUUCUUUCCGUAUUCGGGCGAUCCAGCGAGUCCACGACCCAAACGAGUCAUUGUACAGCACACGACCCGCACCUUUCAUGCUUUGGACGGCUCUCUGGAGAAAACGGAUUCGGGUUUUUGGAUCAACAGCUUCGAUUACACGGGAAUGAGCCACAUCACCCCUCACGUUCCCGAGAUCAACGACACCAUCCGCAUGCGCUGCAGUGACGAGUUACCCUUCUGCGGUUUCCCCUGGUUCCUUCCCGUCAAAUUCCUCAUCAAGAAGAACUGGUAUCUCCCCGCCCCUGCAGUGUCGCCUAAAUCCCCGCUGGAGUUUAAACUGCUCUCCAAACACGUAUCCGAAUGGGGGACAGUAAAGUUGGGCUUUGAAGCUAAAGGUCCGAGCCACAUGUCCCUGUACAUCCUGCCCCACACGGGGUCUUCACUCACAGGCUGGUCGUUUGCGAACGGGACGCCGCAGUAUGAUCAGAACGGAGAAUAUUUCAUAUAUUACUCUCAUGGUGUGGAUGCAGCACCGUGGACCUUCUGGAUUGAGGUUCAGCCAUCUUCAGAGCGUUUGGAUGAAGAGAGCAUGGUCGCCGUCGCCAUUUCACCUCACUAUUUAUUCGGAGACGAUCAGCACACUCCCGAGCUCAGAUCGUUUUUACGGAAAUUUCCGGACUGGGCUUUCGUGACUUCAUGGGUCAGCACUUACCACAUGUACCUGUACUGAGAGCGGCGAGCUGAGCGUCGAACUCCCAACGUGAUUGCAGUGAAAAGUCUCUGUGAAUCAGAUCCACACACAUUAUUUACGACUAAACCACAGUCAGGGUUGUGUAUUAAUAGUCUGUCCCCCCCCCCCGCUCUCUUUCUUCUCGCUCCACGUGCAACGGUUUUGUAAAGUCAUUAUAACUAAGUGUAGCGUCCGUGCCAUAUUGAAAUACACAACCAGUAUUCCACCACCAUCCCGUUUAACACUUCAUACUAAAGGAUCAUCAAAGAGAACGCGACUAAAGCAAACAAGCAGCUUAAAACCACUGUGAAGGACUGGCAAUAUUUCACUCGAGAGCAGUAUUCACUAAACUGUUCUGGGGUCAUUCGGUGACAUUUACACCGGGUCACAGCGUUGAAGGUGCUUUGUACUGCAUGAGUUUUCUUAGCGCAAGUAAGUCUCAUUCUAGUAUUUAUUUACUACAAGGAAGACUCACUCACUAACAGGUCAGCAAUAAAAUCCAUGAAAAGGGUACAAGGACGUUUUUUGUAACAAAUUUUAAUGUGACUUUUUUUUUUUUUCCUUCCUUUUUUACUAUACACAUCCUAAACAAGUAAAGUAAAAAAACAGAAAGAAAUGACUCAUUCACACACAUUGUAGGAUGCUUUUAAAAAUAAUUUAUUUUUAUUUCUUGUUCUUUAUGUACAGGAAAAGCUCUAGAAACUUGGUAGAAAAAGUGAAUUGUACAAGAAUUUUGUCAUUAUAAUAUACACACUCGCUCCCUCUCUCACACACACACGUUCCUGAUGCGACGCCGCAGAUUCCCCCCAUUGCAACAUGUCGACCUUACACACAGGAAGGAAGUCCGUUUUCCUGUGUCACGUUUACAAAAGUCCCGUGUGAAAUACGUACCGUUCAUUGAGAACACGUGAAAUGAUCGUUAUAAAAUAUAUAUUUAUAUACACCUACACGCAUCACUGUGGUGUACGCUCGUUCCUCCAUUGCACCUAUUGUGUCACUUUCGCCUUCGAGUCCACAGACAUGGGAGAAAACACAGAAAUCAUGAGUAUGAAAAAGAAAAAAAAGGAGAGAGAGGGAGAAUAAAUUCCCAAAUUCAAUUUGCAUAUUCAUAUCAGCUCGAAGCUGCAUGUGGGCCUAAAUCACUUCUUUGGUAAGCAGACUAAAUGAAGCAAGAAAGCACUAAAUAUACAUGCUGGAAAUGUUUAACACACUGCAGGGAGGGGGAAAAAAAAAAACUCCCCCCAAACAAAACAAAGCGAGAUGCAACACACACACACACACAGCACAACAAGCUACUGUUUGACCUGAGGGAGCAGCGAGAACUGAACAGUUUGGUCCACAUGGAGAACAUGACUGAGAUUCAGGGUCAAAAAGAGCCGCCAAGACAAACCGAGCUGCUGCUUGAUCAUUGCACACGGAUACACGGAUACACAAAGCCGUAAUAAUACUGACGUCACAAAAUAUAGUACACGUGAGCGGUUCCGUGUUCAUUAAACCCCUACACGGCUGUGAACUCGUCUCUAAGGCAAAGACGGGGAUUUCAAAUCUGUCCAACAGCGACUAGAAUGAUUUUCCCUUUCAGCUCACAAUCCAUCAUACAUUUUAUUUAUUUAAGAUUUACAUAAUACUAUUUAUUACCUCAUCAGCAGCCGCCGCCAAAGGAUGAGGAGGUCAGUUUUACUGAGCAAACCAUUACGAAUGACGUAUUCUUCAGGUCACUGGUGUUUAUGUACCUUGUGGCUUUGUUCACUCUCACACACACACACAAUCGGAUUACAUUUAGAAAUGAACGGGGUGCGAAUACAAAAAAACAAACAAAACAACCUCCUCUUAUAAAGUACCAGUGGAGUAUCAGUCAUGAACAGCGAACUCCUGCAAACGCAAUUUUAUAGUGAAAUAAAAAUGAAUAAGAAGUUAUAAUAACGACCAUUCAAGCCUGAGCUCAUACACUGCAGCAGAUCUUUCUCAGUGUAGGAAGGAAAAAAAAUGGGGGGGUCAAACAAACAAACACCCCUCAGUUCUAGUGUUGUCACAUGAUAAAUAAUCUGGAUUAAUACUGGACAGACACAUACAGGCUGUGCGAGUUAGAGAGACGGCUUUAGCAAACGCUGCACGUUCGACACGUUUUAUAGUAGUGAAGCAAACGCAGGACAGAAUGAGCUCACUCAUCGAAAAACAAACGAGUAACAACGACAGAGGGAAAAUAUACUGAAUAUAUAAUAAAAGGUGAAGCUGUAAAUUCUUUAAAACCACACACACACACACACACACACACACAAUGUAAUUUGCAUAUCGGUGCUUUCAAAGCACAACAACAAGCAGACGAGCGAGGACUGGAGAUGGGAGAAAUAAACAAAAAAAAACAUGUUUUGAAUGCAGAGAACUAUAGUAACUGAGGUAUUAGAAAUACUCACAUAAUAAUAAUAAUAAUAAUAAUAAUAAUAAUAAAAAAACCCAUCUAUUUAGACACAAAACAUCCAAUUAAUCCAGAUCUGCUCUUCCUAUUUAUAAUGAUGGAUGGGAAAACAAAAUCAGUACAACAUGGAAAUUAGGGUGCACGCUUUGUCAGGACCGCCGCUAGGAUGAAAAACAAAACAUGUUUACAAGACGAGUGACCAGUGUUGUGUAAUCUGCGCUGUAUAACCACUGCUAGCUCGCAUUCGUGCGUGCGACAGGGCUGGGUAAUCCGACUAUACGAUUUUGAUAUCGGAACAUAUUCAUAUAAUGUUAUCAUCAUCAUCAUCAUCAUCAUCAUCAUCAUCAUCGGAUAGCCGUGCUUUCACAUCCUGCAGGUAGACGCUAACGUAACUGAUCCUUUCCCUCGUUGCGGAAUCUUUUAGAAACGCGGAAUUAAAAAAGUAAAUCUCUUCGUAUCUAAUGUGUCAUAUUAUGGCUAAAGCGUUGUGAUAAAUACGGUGUAGAGAAAAAAUAAAACAGAAUCGUACUACAAAAUCCUUAGCGUAUAUCGGAGGAUAAGAUGGCUCUGUGCUAACUAAUAACAACAACAAUGAUAAUAAUAAUAAUAAUAAUAAUAAUAUAGAUUUUCCGUACUGCUUAUCCUACACAGGGUCACAGAAAGCCUAGAGCCUAUCCCAGGGAACUUGGGGCACGAGGCAGGGACACCCUGG